ACUGCACGUUUGUAUUGGCAUAAAGUAAUGCUGUUGCAAUAAUACAUUGCAAAUCGUAUUGUAUGAAACAGCCACUUAAAGUAUUAAUACGUUUUUUUAUUUAUUUUUUUAUAUAUAAGCAUAAUACACACAUUUGUUUUAAUAACCUGCAGAUAAAUAUUAUUAAACGUGUAUUGAAAUAUUGCAUACCUGCAGCGUAAUCAUACUUUUUUUUUAGGUGCUCUUAAAUAAUAAUAAUAAUAAUAAUAAUAAUAAUAAUAAUAAUAAUAAUAAACACCUUGUGAGAUGAAUGAAAUACAUAUUUUGGGUAUUGUUUGUACUGAUUGUCGUCUUUCAAAUAACAGAACCGGGUCUUAUUCCCGUCCGCUGCAUCCCGUUUUCCAGCUUCACACAGACCGAUCCGUAGCGGCGUUUGCCUGCAUUUGUUAUGAAUGAAAGUACUGCACAAUCAUAGAAGUCUAUAGCGUGAAACCAGUGCAGAAGCUGGCGAAUGAAUAAUUCCUGAAGCACCGCAUGCAAUUUGCUGAACCGCAAAGCCAUCCCCAGAUAAACAAGGCGUUCAAGCAAGUGGCAAUCCUGCACCGGAGCGUUAUCAGCGAUUGUUUGAUCUGGAAACCAUUACAGUGACCUUAACCCCAGCUGUGGAGUCCGUGGCUUGUGGCUGAUAUGCAGCCAUUGAUUCAUUGUACCAGGAACAGGGAAUGCUACAGAGGAACCAUUUCCUUCAGGUUAAUGAUUUUCCCGACCUGCUGAUAAAGUAAUUGCACACAGCUCUGGUAUUGUGCACAUGAACUAGGUCCAAUCAAUGUGUUUUAAGUGCACCACAACCAUACAAUUGGGAAAUGUGGAAAAAUAUUGAUUUUUUUUUUUUUUUCUCACACCGGAUAUUGAAGACUUUUCCAAUGUAACUGUUGUAAGCGGCACAGACAGACCCCCACUACACUGCAGUUUAACCCAUUUUGGGGGAUGCUUCUUGGGAGUUGAGUUAGACACAUCUGAGCUUGUUACCUAUGCACUGUGGCCAAGCUCAUAGUAAAACCUGGAAUGGAUCACACUGCUAUGCAAUGAGAGUCCAAGCACAUUUCUGCAAGGGUAACUUUUUUCAAUAACCCUACAGUGGAAUCAUUUCAAUGGGGUGAUCUGGAGGACAGAACCAUUUGCAUUGCAGGCCACUUGCUGAGUGAAAAUAUCUUUUCUUUCCAUGCUGAAAUUCAGUUGGCACUCAUUCCUCUUGUCAUCCGGUCUUGUCUUUAAUCAUUAAUGUAUUCCCUAGCAACAGGAGACAUACUGGUCACAAUACUGCAAGCGAAGCAUGGCGGGGGAGACAGAGUUCUGCAACAGACUGACUUUGCAAAAGAGCCGCUAAAGAGAAAAACACAACACCACCAGUAACCUCUGGCAGCUCCAUUAAAUGUGAAACCAUCUUCCACAGGAGACACAUAUCUUUCACUUGAUACGAGGUAGACAGGCAGGAAAAAAAACACUCCUGGUAAAUGCUAAUUGUCUAGGUCUACUCCUGGGCAAGCUGCCUAGAAAGGGUUAUUCCUGUGUAGCAUGGGACAGUCAUUUAUUUAUGAAGUGCUUUGUGUGACUUCAGUGUUUGCAGUUCAAAGGUGGUGGUGCUCUCUCCCUCACUACACUACCUCUAGCGAGCAAGCUGCCUGUCUUAUCAGGUGAGGGGGUGCUGUGCAAGGCAGUAACGCUGUGCCCGGGACUGUGCCGGUACAAGCCUCCCCUCCUCUCCUGACCUCUGAUCCCAGAGCUGCAGAGGGGAAGCUGGUACCACCAGCCAGGGCCUGGAUCCCUAUCCAUCCUGUCCUUAUUUACACAGCCAUCUGCACAAAAACCCUGUCAAUUAUUAAUCACUCUCCCCAGAGGGAUUUAACAGCAGGCUGCUUCCAUUUCAGUGCGUCUACCAGACUGGCUUUUCAAACAGGGGCUCUGUCCAAGCCCAGCACUUCUAGGUUUGAUUACUGAAUGGGAGUAGAAACUUUUAUUCACUUUCUAAAUGAACACCGGACACACAAAGUAUGUCUGCGGAAAGUGUAACCAAGACCAGCGUUAAAAUGCAUUCAAUGGACUCAGGGCCAAACUCACCAAGGACCGCAGUGGAAAGACCGGACUCUAUCGGGGCCACAGGGGUGACCCCCCAGCCAGUCAGCGAGGAAUCUUUAAUACCCGAGACCAGUCCAUGCUCCACAGGAGUGUGCGGAGGAACGGAUCCUAUUCUGGGUCUAAAUUCCCACCCAAACGGUGCCGCAGAGAGUGGACAGCAAAACCCCUCCACCACAGGCGUGCAUGGGAUCCACAACCCAGGCUUCGUGGACGAGCCUCCCCCCUACACCCCGCCUGACCCAAAGACUGUUCACCUGCUCUACCCACCUUUCCAACCCCUGUUUCCAGGGCAGGAGCCCGUGGUGUGCCAGCCGGGACCAACAGAGCCUGUCUUCUACCAGCAACAGUUCAUCCCAUCAGCAAACUAUCCCUAUACUAUCUAUAUGAAUGGCCACCCCGCCGGUCCAGAGUCCCGGAGUGUUCCCAAGGACUACCUGGUGGAGUCAGUGCUGGUCAUGGUCUUCUGCUGCCUGAUGACUGGAGUCGUUGCUCUCGUGUACUCACAUGAGACCCGGACAGCCAUCAGCAGAGGGGAUUUUGCCCAGGCAGAGAGAGCCUCGUUGAAGGCGCGCUCCCUGGUCCUGUUCAGCCUGCUCUUUGGGGUCUUCAUCUCGGUGAGCUGGGUCAUCUACGUGGUGGUGGUGGUUCUCUCCGCAGUAUGAGGGCAGCCCUGGCCCUUGGGAAGUGUGUGCCCUUAACCAGAAGAGCUGGACACUAGCUGGUGCAAACGGAUGUGGAUGAACUCUACCGCUGGUUCUGCAGCAGCAAUCAGACCGGAAAUGCUGCUUUCUGACACACAGAAUACAAUCUAAUUUAAAUAUGAAUGAACUUUCCCGUCAGUAUUACCUGUAAAUUGCAAUGCUUGGUCAUCUUCCACGCAGGUCCUGCAUGCUUUAGCUCCGGACAGCAGCCCUGCUCUCUGUGAUUGCAUUGCUAGUGUGCUACGGGUGAGACGCAGGAGAUGAACCCCACGUGAUUGGCUUCUAUACAUGCCAAUCAUUAGCAGGAAUCCCUGUCCCGAUUGGCUAACCAGUCUGCUGACUGACAUGAAUAAAAGCCCAUCUCUGAGAUCCAUUCUUUUGCUUUGAAACAGAUCUGCAUUUUCCACCCACCUCUCUGCAUAUCCGAAGGCAUACAAACCUUGGAGUGUAUACCAGGGUGUUUAUACAAUCAAGUAACACAGCUCUUCAUAAAAAUAACACACUGUUUUCUAUUUGAAACUGAAGUGAAAUGUUAUUUUGUAAUGUUAAAUAAAAUUCACUAGAUGUGAUUGAAAAAUGA